AUGCUGUGGAUUAAUUUUUGUUCAUCCUUAAUUGUUGUAAAUUUUUACCUGACUAGUUGUGUUAGUUUUGAAAAUCAGAUUAGUCAACCUGGUGGACUCUUUGAAAUAGAUAUUCGUUACAGAAACAAUGAGGCUCUUCUUGAAAGUGGAGAAUUCUGCGACUCAGCAAUACAAAGGUGUGAUGUUUACAUCAAGUUAGAGUUAUAUGCACUGAGUGGACAAAGCUCAAGAUUGCUUUUUCGUAAAAAAAGUGACACAGUAAUGAAUACUGGUGAAGUCAAGGCAUUUUUUCAGGAACAAGUAAAUGAAAAGUUGCCGGUAGCAUAUCGUUUGGAAAUUAGGGUGUAUGAUUACGAUUGGCAUAAUGAACCUGACCUGAUUACCCAUGCAGAGGGGAUAUUUCAGCCGAGUCCAGUAGUGACUACAUUACAUCAAAUGUAUUGGAAUCACACAAAUCCAAGUGAAAGUUUUCGGUUAAGCGCAACUAUAAAAAUGAGAUGCAACCCAAAUUAUUACGGGAUCGGAUGUGAUGUAUUUUGUAAGCCUAAUUCAUGGGUAUACAAGUGUGAUAUUAAUGGAACUAAACUCUGUGUCGAUGGUAGAUAUGGAGAUGAUUGUGAAUUUUUCGACUACUGUAAAUUUUAUCCGUGUCCUAAGUAUGCACGUUGUAAGAACCUGCCAAAAGAAUAUUAUCGUCGCUGCAUGUGUAAGAAUUUUGAAGGUGACGGGUGUUUCACUUAUUAUUCAUGUGACAGAUCACCAUGUAAAAAUGGCGGUCAAUGUGCCCUAUUAAAGGACAUUGUUGAAUUUGAUAAUAAUGAAAGACAACAGAAAAGUGUUUUGGGUGAUUCGACCAGGGUAGAUGACUAUUCUGAUAAUGAAGAUGAUGAAACUGUCUGUAUUUGUCCGGAUAACUGGAAAGGACAGUUUUGUACAGAACCUGUUGUCGAUUGUACAACAGACAGUAGGGAAUACCGAAACACCUUAAAACAACGUACUACUCAAUCAUGUUUAAACGGUGGCGUUUGUAUUAUUCAUCCGGGUAAUUCAAGCGCUCGAUGCUCUUGUCCACCUGAAUGGGAAGGUUAUUUUUGUGAAGCAAGCAAGGAAUGGUCUAUUGGCAAGAAGUUUGGAGUGGCAUUUGGCGUUAUUUUUAUCAUAUUUUUCAUUCUAUCCGUUGCAUUCUUAACAUGGUUGUGUUGCUUAUCAAGACCUCCGAAAGUCCCAAAACGACAACGACAACCAUAUCCAGCAAUAACCUAUACACCAGAUUACCCCUACAUUCAUACAAAAGGUCUUAGGACAAAUACUGAUAUUCAGUCCAAAGUAUUUAUGCGACCUAAUGAAGUUCUUCAGAAUGGAAUGGCUCAUCAUGAAUCAACCGACUUAAACACAUUUGGCAAACCGACUAGUUCAACAGCAAAUCCCUUGAAAAUGCAAAAUGAUUAUGAAAUUCCAUUUGAGAUAGAAGGCAUAAACCAUGAUAAAAUGAUUGAUCGAGUUGAAUUCGACAACAGUAGAUAUAAGCCGAAUGAAACACUAGCUGAAUCGAAUUCAAUGUACAGUGAUGAGAAUAUUUACGUAAAUUAUAAUGAUUUAAUGUUGCAAAGACAACGAGACAAUUUAUCAUGCGAUUCAAAGUCAUAUUUCAAUUAA